AUGGCUCUAGAUGAUCAUGGUAACGAGGUUGGGUAUGUGGUUAUCUCAUUUUCUUAUUCCUCUUCCAGGAAAUUAUUUGUUGGAGGGUUGCAUCAGUCUACAAAUACAAAUGGUUUGCAUAAUUACUUCUCAAAAUUCGGUGAUAUUGAGGAGUCGAUCGUUAUGAUGGACAAUAGGACAGGACGGUCGCGUGGAUUCGGCUACGUCAAAUUUAGGGAACCAUCUGCUGUGGAUGAAGUGCUUUCAAAAAAAAUCCAUGUAAUUGACAAUAAAGAAGUUGAUCCUAAAAGGUGUAACAUAAAUAUGCGUGGAAAGAAUAAAAGGAGUCUCAAGAUAUUUGUUGGCGGCAUUGCUUUCGAGCAUAACGAGGAGACCAUUCGGAAUUUUUUCCAGUGUUUCGGAAACGUAACUGAUGUUAACCUCUUGUCGAAUCCGGGUAGACCGCGGCAUCGAGGUUUCGCUUUCGUUGGCUUCGACGAUGAAGAAGUGGUAAAAAGGCUCAUAAAAAUGCAUUUUGUCAACCUGCACGGCAAGCAGGUCGAAAUCAAACCUAUGGAACCGCCGAACACUCAAAAAACCUUUGGCUACAUGUCUCCUGGUAUGCUGAAUGCCCCAAAUGGUCGGUCGGGGCGUGGUUAUUCGCGUUUUGGGUCCUUCCAUCAGCACAGCAUUCCCUAUGGCGGCUGGAAUCACUGGGGUCACAGCAGUAACGUUGAUGGGAAGGCGGAUUUUCUUAUUGAUGGAAAUGGGGGUGGAAAUGGCUGGACUCAAAUGGUGGACCAACACAAUAAUCCGGCGUGGGGCUCUCAACCUCCACCUCCGAAUCAGUGGAAUGGACCUCAAUCGCCGUCGCCUCUGAAUGGAUGUUGGGAGAAUCAAAUAGCUGCUGCGGCCGCGGCGGCAGCUUUUCAGUCAAAUGGAUUUCCACCACAACAACAACAACAGUGGGGCUCCCAGUCCUCAUCCAGCAGACGUGAGUGCUUAGUCUCUUCUUUUUUCCUCCUUAGGAUGCGGUCGAAAGUUUCUUUCGUUGAGGAUGACCUGUCGAUCCGUUUUGUCGUAUCUUCUUUUUAA